AACGAUAAACGUGUCUAUCGGUGCCAUCACUAAUGAGCAACAAUCGUCAGUAGCUUAGGAAAUUGUUUAUAUUUUGCUCUAUUUUUAUUUGCGUAAAAUGAACACAGCCGACACAGAAUCUCAUUUAUUGGCCCUGAAGGUUAUGCGACUGACCCGACCAACGCUGGUGGGACUUGGGCCAAUUGUUACCUGCGAACCGAAGGAUUUGCCGCAGAGUUUUAAUCGACUGGUGGAGUACGAUGGAAUUGCCAGGACAAGUGCUGAAGCACUGGGCGCUGGGCAGACAAUGCUGUUGCCACAAUCCUUUGGCAAUAUAUACCUGGGCGAAACGUUUUCCAGUUACAUCUGUGUGCACAAUUGCACCACUCAUCCCGUUGAAGGUGUCUCCGUGAAAGUAGACCUGCAGUCGAACAACACGCGUAUUAAUCUGCUGAUGCAUGAGAACAAGAAAUCCUCCGUGGUGCUGACGGCAGAUGAGACACUCGACGAUGUCAUUCGAUAUGAAGUCAAGGAGAUUGGUACACAUAUAUUGGUGUGCGAAGUGAAUUACACGAGUCCCGCUGGAUUUGCUCAGUCGCUGCGCAAGUUCUUCAAGUUUCAAGUUCUCAAGCCGCUGGAUGUAAAGACUAAGUUUUACAAUGCCGAAAUGGAUGAAAUAUAUUUGGAGGCGCAAAUACAAAACGUGACCACCGGUCCAUUUUGUUUGGAGAAAGUCGAAUUGGAUAGUUCGGAGCAGUAUACGGUGACAUCCUUGAAUACCCUGCCCAACGGCGAAUCUGUUUUCACCUCAAAGAAUAUGCUGCAGCCAAAUAAUAGUUGUCAAUUUCUCUAUUGCAUUAAGCCAAAGCCUGAAAUUGCCAAGGACAUCAAAACACUGCGCCAAGCCAACAAUGUUGGCAAACUGGACAUUGUCUGGCGAUCGAACUUUGGCGAAAAGGGUAGAUUGCAAACGAGUCAAUUGCAGCGAUUGCCCUUUGAGUACAAGGAUUUACGGUUAGAAGUGAUUGAUGCCGAAAAUAUUGUCAAAAUUGGCACAAUCCUUACAUUCCAAUGCAGAGUCACCAAUACCGCUGAGCAUUCGAUGAAGCUGCAUGUUACACUCGAGACGAAAGCGUUUGCCGAUUGUCCGUACACGGGUUCAGCGGAUUUCGAGUUGGAUGUGCUGCAGCCAGGCGAGAUGGCUGAAUUUCCACUCACUAUUUGUCCAUCCAAAUUGGGACUGAUCAAAAUAUCACCAUUACUUAUUGUGGACACGCUGAAAAACGAACAGUUCCUAAUGACAAAAGUGGUGGAAGUCUUUGUCGUCGAUGCCGAUUAUCAUCAGGAUGGCACAUUCCUGUUGAACAAGCUGAUACGUUAUGAGAAUCCCAUUGACUCGCUAAUGCAAAACCAAAUGCAGCUGCAGGUGGUCUAAUUGUUGUAACUCAAAUGAAGUGUAAAAUUUGAAUUUUUGUUAAAAUAAGCUUAUUAUUAUAUCCAUCAGUUACAUAUGCCUGUAAGC